CGGCCCGGGGACCCCUCCCCGCGGGACUGUGGGACGAGUGAGGAAGCGGUCCUCGGCCGGUUGCGCAGCGCCCACCGUCUGAAGACAUGAACUACGCGCGGUUCAUCACCGCCCGCAGCGCGGCCCGGACCGCCUCCCCCAUCCGGACCAAGGCUGACAUAUUGUGCAAGGCAUCCGAUUCGCUCAUCAGCAUGGCUCCUGGAUUUCCAAACCCAAAUACUUUCCCCUUUAAGACUGCUACGAUCACGGUAGAAAAUGGAACUAGCCUCCAAUUUGAUGAAAAACUGAUGAAUAGAGCACUUCAGUAUUCUCCAAGCUCUGGGAUUCCAGAGCUUAUUUCCUGGAUAAAACAGUUGCAAAUAAAAUUGCAUAAUCCUCCCACUGUCCACUACCCACCCAGUCAAGGACAAAUGGAUAUAUGUAUCACUUCCGGUUGCCAAGAUGGUCUUUGUAAGGUAUUUGAAAUGAUGAUUAAUCCUGGAGAUACUAUCCUGCUCAAUGAACCGCUUUAUUCAGGAACAAUUCAAGCUUUAACACCGCUGGGUGGCAACAUUAUCAGUGUUCCCAAUGAUGAACAUGGGAUAAUUCCAAGCGCCCUCAGAGAAAUACUUUCCAAAUGGAAACCAGAAGAUUCAAAGGACCCUACAAAAAAUGCUCCUAAAUUUCUUUAUACUAUUCCAAAUGGCAACAACCCUACUGGCAACUCUUUGACAGCUGACCGCAAAAGGGACAUCUAUGAGCUUGCCAGAAAAUACGAUUUCCUCAUAAUAGAAGAUGAUCCUUACUAUUUUCUCCAGUUCAACAAGCCCUGGGCACCAACGUUUCUUUCCAUGGAUGUUGACGGGCGUGUCAUCAGAGCUGAUUCCUUUUCAAAAGUCCUCUCCUCCGGAUUGAGAAUAGGGUUUAUGACUGGCCCAAAACCCUUGAUAGAGAGAAUUGUUUUGCACUCCCAAGUUUCAGUGAUGAAUACCUGCACUUUCGCUCAGUUCAUGGUAUCACAGCUUCUACACCAAUGGGGAGAAGAAGGUUUCUGGGCUCAUGUACACAGAACUAUCGAAUUUUACAGGAGAAAGAGGGAUGAGAUCGUGGCAGCUGCAGAUAAGUGGUUAAGUGGUUUGGCAGAAUGGCAUAUUCCCAAGGCUGGAAUGUUUUUAUGGAUUAAAAUUAAAGGCAUGCCUGAUGCAAAACAGUUGACUGAAAAAGCCAUCAAGAAGGAGAUCUUACUGGUUUCCGGAAGUGAUUUCUACAUAGAGAGCACAAGGCCUAGUCCAUACUUCCGAGCCUGCUUCUCUUUAGUUUCUCCAGAAGAAAUGGACAUCGCCUUCCAGAAAUUAGCCCAACUUAUAAAAGAAUGUUUAUGAAGAAAUCAAACUUAUCACAGCACGUGUUGAUUUUCCAAAUAAAUUAUUUCUGUGCCUUAGCCAGAAGAAUUAGUCAUUAAUGUUGGACUUAAUAGCUUGAUUUCUGUUGAAUUUACAAUAUCUAUGUAUGUAUAAUAGUUUAACUGGAAAACUUUUAAAGUUCCUUUUACUCCAUCAGAUUCUCAGCAUGAAUUUAUAAUUCACAUAGGCCUUUUGAUUAGUAUUCAACCUGCAAAAAGAAAUUUAGCUUGGAUUUUACUGUGUAGAACACUGUAAUUGCUAUAGAAUAUCAUAUUAAUAUGCUUUAAAACUAACAUUUUACAUUAUAUCAUUUUCAAAAAUAAAAGUUGAAAAUAGUA